AUGCGCUUAUUUUGGAGGCCGCCUGUGGGACCGCUGGCAAAGCGAGGUUUCCACAACCUCCAUGCCUUUGACAUGUCUAGUAAAAUGCUUGACGUUGCCAAGCAGAAGAAUAUCUAUAAGAAGUUGAUGUGUAUUAGACUUGGUCCAGAGGGACUGGAUAUCCCUGAUGACACGUACGAUGCGGUCAUGAUGACAGGGGCGGCGGGUUUAGCUCAUAUCGGGGGAGAUUGCUUGGGGGAAUUCAUUCGCAUUGUCAAACCAGGUGGUUAUGUGGUGAUGGACACCAUUCUUAAACACCUUGUCGGCAUUGAAUACAACGGCAGGAGCUGGGAUGAAACACUAGACGACUUCCUCAUGGCUGGACGCUGGGUCACGGUGACCAGACGACAGAUAGAGAACUCGUUCAACACAAACGAGGGCAUGCAAUACGCCUUUCGGGUGAAGUGACUGUGGUUUAGAAGCCACCCUAUUUCAACCACGCCAGACAUGAGCGCAAAAAGCAGGGUGGACCUAUGGGGAUUUUCCUGUGGCUUUUGCUUCUGAAUGGUUACACCCAUAAACAUACACAUACGCUUAAAAUGUGCUUUAUUGCUUGGUGAAAACAUUUGUUGUGAUCAACUGAAGUCAGGAUCAACUCAUAAGCGGGAUUUAUAUGCUUAAAGUACUUAGAACAUUGGGUUGUGUAUGUUUUAUAUGUAUGUGAAUAGGCAUCCAUUGCUUAUAGGGUGAAUAAAUAUGCUGAACUUCAAAAUUCAAUUUCUCAAACUAUCAGUAUCUUAAUAGAAUAGGCAUACGUUAACAUUUAAGAAAACUGUAUUAAUACAUGACCGAGACAGUUACAUGCUACAAUUCUUGUUUUUUCACUUGCAGAGUGUGUACAUCCUUUUUAAUACAGUGUAGCAAUUCCAUUACGUUAAGCAUGCCCCAGAAUUGUAAGACAUGGCUUUUUAGAUAGAUACAUAUGGGCAUUACCCAAUAAAUUUAAAAUAUGAAGAAGGUAUUAACA